AUGUCCCAAAGAUUAUCGCAACUCGAUGCACUUCCAAAACUCAAGAACAUCUCCAUUGGCAACACAAUAGGCCAGGGAAGCUUUGCUGUAGUGAAAGUGGGGCAACUCAUCAAGAAUCCGCAAAGAUUGGUUGCUAUCAAGUACAUCCACCGUAGAAUAUCGAACAAAAAGGGCGUUUCCGAUGAAAAGAUCGGCUUAGAACUUCAGAUCCACAAGGCUUGUACGGGCCAUCCCAACAUCAUUGGGUUGCAUAUGUUUGGUACCGACAACACCUGGAUCUAUAUCAUAAUGGAGUUGGCUGAAAGUGGAGACUUAUUCGAUAAGAUUGAGCCUGGCGUAGGCAUCGAUGAGACACUAGCCCAUUUCUACUUCAAGCAGUUGGUUAAUGCUGUAGACUAUAUCCAUCUGAAAGGAGUAGCCCAUCGUGAUAUCAAGCCUGAGAAUAUUCUCAUAGAUGCCGAAGGCAAUUUGAAGCUUGCUGAUUUCGGGUUGGCUACGGUGUAUAAGAGAACAAACAAAGAGAAGAGGUUGUCACACGAUAAGUGUGGAUCUCCACCUUACAUGGCCCCCGAGAUUGUUAGUAGUCAAGGAUACGAUGCAACGAUGUCAGAUGUAUGGGCUUGCGGUGUCGUGCUAUUUGUAUUGAUGUGUGGCCAGAUUCCUUGGCAGGAGCCGAGCUACGGUGUAGAUGCUGAUUUUACAAAUUACGUAGAUUUCGACGGCAAACUUAACGAAUCUCCGUGGAACGUGUUCGAUUCAACAUUCAAAGCAUUUCUACGGUCAGUACUUAAACCGGAUGUUUCAACACGAUUGACGCUCCAAGCAAUCAGAUUGCAUCCCUGGGUGAACCACGAAAAUGUAUUCAUGAACAGUGAUAACCAGUGCAAAGAUGCUGAGCAAUUAAGCGAACAACUCUUGUCGAAUUUACAAGUGGGAUUGUCUGAUGAAGAUAUACAUGACACUAUAAAAGCUACUCAGGAUUACAAGAAACUAAAUCAGAAGUAUCAGAAGUUCAUCAGCAAUUCACAGCCCGCGCAAGACAUGGCUGUUCUCAUCGAUGAUAUAGAUGAACAGCGACAGAGAGCCGUUCCUGCGACUCAGGACCAGCUUUUAUUCAAAAACAACAAGUUACCGUCUUAUAAUUUGGAAGAUGACCAAGAACGUAUCCUAGCCAUCGUUUCCAAGGAUCCAGCUAACUUACAAUUUGUGUCCCCACAGCUACGGGUGUCUCAAUUGACGAGCACACAGAGAAGAUUAGCUGACUUUAAGCGAUUGCCAUUCUCUAGAGCAGAACGUCUCACAAAAUUCUAUUCAAUAUUGCCAAUUGUGUCGCUAGUUUCUAUACUACGAGAUGCUCUCCAUAGGAUUGGUGUUUCGACUUCAGACAGUAUCGACCACUUAUCCAAUGACGAUUUGAUGGAGCUUUCUACGGUUAACAUCGGUAUUAAUAUUCUAGGAGAGAAAUCCAAAAUGCCUCUCAAGGGAACAAUUAAGAUCAAUCAAUGUGAUUGUAGCCUUCAACUCUACAAGAUUUCAUUUGUGAAGUCCAAGGGCGAUCCUUUGGAGUGGAGACAGUUUUUCAAAAAGGUUACAAUAUUGUCACGAGAGGCAGUAUAUAUAGAGUAG